AUGCCAGAAACAUGGCAAGACCUGAGGUCCCUGGCGCAGCUCCUCCAUUCCGAUCUCACAGGCCUGCAACGACUUCUCUCAAUAGAGGCCGCAAAAUCACUAAUAUCUGACGCAGAGGCCCGGCUACUACGCGACCUUAGCCUGGUUACAGACAGCGCGAUAUCCUACGAACGGUCCAUUGAGCGGCAAGCGCAAAUCCAGACGACUGCCAUGGCCGUUGAAGAAGCCGAAGAAACGUACAAGCAGGCUCGGUCUAUGGAAAAGCUCACGGCCAUUGCAUGGAUCUACAUCCCACUCAGCUUCUCGGCGACAUUCUUCGGCAUGAAUGUCGCUCAGCUCAACGAGAGUGGGCCUCAUAUCGGGUAUUAUUUCAUGCUCCUCGCAAUAACACUUAUGAUCUUUUCGGGGACGGCACUGCUUUAUACGGAAUGGUGGAGGGGGAAGGCGUUUGCGUGGCGCGAGCGCAUUCAACCAGGGCAUACCUGUCGGCCUCGGGAAUUGUCUGUUGCGCAUCUGCUUUGGCUUACAGUUCGUUGGGCCUUGAUGGAGAAGAUACUAUGCGGAAUUAGAAUCCCCGGGCGAUGGAAGCGCAGCAGCGCAAGUGCAGCGGACAGUGGUUCUGUUUAG